AUUAGAUUAGGAUCAAUAGAAAAGAUUUUUUUUUCUUCCAGUGAACUGACAAUCUUUUAGAGUUUAUCUUCAGUGUUCAAUUUAGUUCUCCCAGACCACUGAAGCUGAGAUGGCUGAUGAAGUAAUUUUCAAUGAAAUUUUAAGCAACUGUGACUCUUCUCCCAACUUCCCCUGUUCCUGAGGUAAGGAUUUGUGAGAAAAAGUGAGUGUGAGGGGAAGAGUGGGGUAUACUGAGAAGGUUUUGACUUUUGGUUUUGCUAAUAGGGAUUUCCUCUACUCUAAAUCCCCCUACUCUAGCCAUGAGCAUCUUGUUGGGGUUAACUAUUUGGUUGGGCUCGUGUUAAUCUGGCUCUCAAGCUGUAGCUUGGUCUGGCUACAAAUAUCCCUCUUGGAGACUUAGCACCGCCGUUCCUUUUUAAUAAGGAUCACUUUUUCAUAUAGGAUCACUGCUAAAAUAUGGCAACUCUGCUUUCCAAGGCUAAGUCUCUGGUAUCUCAGAAUGCAACGGUGUGGUGGGAACCUGACCUGAGAAAUUCCUCUGGGGUGUGAAGGAAGGUUUUAAGGGGGCUGGGAAAGUUAUGAAGAUGAAGGGUGGUACCCAGGUAUCCGAUCAAUGCAUCCUUCAGUCAACAAGCAUAAUCGGACACCUACCAUGUGCUAGGCAUAUUGCCCCAAGGUGGAGAUGCAACUAUAAUUAGAAGCCAGCGUCUUCUCCAAGCUCUCACAGUCUAGUUAGGAAAUGCAGCACGAAAUGAUUACCCGUACAGUGGAGGUAGGCCCACUUGUCAUGGGAGAGCAAGAGAGGCUAGUGGAAGGCUUCUCUGGAGAGGUGAUGGUGGGGUUUGCAGUGGUCUCGUAGAAGAGGGACUGCACGUAGAGGCACUGACUUGGGUGCAGGUACACCCCCUGGAAAGAGGAGUGUGGAAAUAACAUUUGCAAAGUAGCCUAGUCCUGCAGUCUCUAAUGCCACAGUAGGGAGUUUUGAGAUUACUUGGACAGCGAAGGGGAGCCAGCUCAGUCUGGGCAUGGUGCCGAUUGGAGAGGUGGCACUAGAAGCUGAGAGACCCAUUAGGGGGUUGUAGCAAAGCAGUCCAAGAGAUGGAACAGACUGAAACUGGGGCAUGCGCAGAGGGCUUGGAAAACAUGCCUGUGCAGGAAGACAGAAUGGACAGGACUUGUGCAUAGCAGUUCUGGAGUGAGGAUUCCUCUAGUUUCAGCGACCUGGUGGAUGGUGGUACCAAUAACCUAGAUGGGAAAAGUAAGCUCCUUCCUGGGGAGCUCUGUUCAGUACCCUCCAUUUCCAACAAGGUAUUAUACAAUUUAUUAGUGCUUUCCUGGUAAGGACGCCAGUUUCUAGAAACCGCCGCAGUUUCUGGCCUCUACCUUCCAACGGCUCACUAGUUGGCAGCCAAUCGUAUUAAGAUGGCGGCCCCCUAAUGACUAGUCAUGUGACCUCGGGUUUCCCUUGCUGUAAGCCUGGCAAGUCCGUUCGAGGCAAGGUUCACCUGUCACAAAAACGUGUCAGCCCUUCAAAUCUCGCGAGCCAAUCGACAUCGAGACUGGGCCACCGCGGCGAGGCAAGCGGAAGAUUGGUCUUUUCCACUCGCCUUGCCAGCGGCCAAUCAUGGAGCGUCAUAUAUUUCGCGGACCCGCCAGUAGGCGGGAGAAGCAGGAAUGUCGUCACAGCGUGGCGGUAUUGUUACCUAAGGACUUGAGAGGAAGUGGGAGCGUAUGUUGAUUGACAGACUGAUUUCCCCUACCGGGAUUUGAGAGUUUGGCGUAAUACCCCGCCUUGGAGGUGGGGUCUUAUUUGAUUGCCAAGUAAUAUUCCCCAAUGGAGUCCUAGCUCGUGGUGACGGGCAGGCCGCUUGACUAAUGAGUCCUCGGCGUGGCCGGCGCCCCUCUCCAAUCGCUGGGCGGCGGGCCCCAGUCUGAGCGGCGAUGGCGGCGGCGGCGGCGGCGGCGACAGCGGCAGCGGGGGCUGCGGGCGGUCGGGGCUCCGGGCCGGGGCGGCGACGCCAUCUUGUGCCCGGGGCCGGUGGGGAGGCCGGGGAGGGGGCCCCAGGGGGCGCAGGGGACUACGGGAACGGCCUGGAGUCUGAGGAACUGGAGCCUGGGGAGUUGCUGCUGGAGCCGGAGCCCGAGCCCGAGCCCGAAGAGGAGCCUCCCCGGCCCCGCGCCCCCCCGGGAGCUCCGGGCCCUGGGCCUGGCUCGGGAGCCCCCGGCAGCCAGGAGGAGGAGGAGGAGCCGGGACUGGUGGAGAGUGACCCGGGGGACGGCGCCAUUGAGGACCCGGAGCUGGAAGCGAUUAAAGCGCGAGUCAGGGAGAUGGAGGAAGAAGCUGAAAAGCUAAAGGAGCUACAGAACGAGGUAGAGAAGCAGAUGAAUAUGAGUCCACCUCCAGGCAAUGCUGGCCCAGUGAUUAUGUCUAUUGAGGAGAAGAUGGAGGCUGAUGCCCGUUCCAUCUAUGUUGGCAAUGUAGACUAUGGUGCAACAGCAGAAGAGCUGGAAGCACACUUUCAUGGCUGUGGCUCAGUCAACCGUGUUACCAUACUCUGUGACAAAUUUAGUGGCCACCCCAAAGGGUUUGCAUAUAUAGAGUUCUCAGACAAAGAGUCAGUGAGGACUUCCCUGGCCUUAGAUGAGUCCCUGUUUAGAGGAAGACAAAUCAAGGUGAUCCCAAAACGAACCAACAGACCAGGCAUCAGCACAACAGACCGGGGUUUCCCAAGAGCCCGAUACCGUGCCCGGACCACCAACUACAACAGUUCCCGCUCUCGAUUCUACAGUGGUUUCAACAGCAGGCCCCGGGGUCGCGUCUACAGGGGCCGGGCUAGAGCGACUUCAUGGUAUUCCCCUUACUAAAAAAAGUGUGUAUUAGGAGGAGAGAGAGGAAAAAAAGAGGAAAGAAGGAAAAAAAAAAAAGAAUUAAAAAAAAAAAAAAGAAAAACAGAAGAUGACCUUGAUGGAAAAAAAAUAUUAAAAAAAAAAAAAGAUAUACUGUGGAAGGGGGGAGAAUCCCAUAACUAACUGCUGAGGAGGGACCUGCUCUGGGGAGUAGGGGAAGGCCCAGGGAGUGGGGCAGGGGGCUGCUCAUUCAUUCUGGGGAUUCUCCAUGGACACGUGUCAACUGCGCAAGCUGCUCCCCUUGUUUCCCUGUCCCCACUUCACCCCCUUGGGGGCUGCUCAAGGGUAGGUGGGCAUGGGUGGUAGGGGUUUUUUUUUACCCAGGGCUCUGGAAGGACACCAAACUGUUCUGCUUGUUACCUUCCCUCCAUCUUCUCCCUAACUUUCACAGUCCCUGCCUGCCUGCUCCUGUCCUGCCAGGUCUACCACCCUCCCCACCCCUCUUUUCCGCCUCCCUGCCCCUGCAGAUUGCCUGGUGAUCUGUUUUGUUUCCUUUUGUGUUUCUUUUUCUGUUUUGAGUGUCUUUCUUUGCAGGUUUCUGUAGCCGGAAGAUCUCCGUUCCGCUCCCAGCGGCUCCAGUGUAAAUUCCCCUUCCCCUUGGGGAAAUGCACUACUUUGUUUUGGGGGGAUUUGGGGGCGUUUUUUGUUUUUCAGUUUUUUGUUUUGUUUUUUUCCUUUGCCUUUUUUUCCCUUUUAUUUGGAGGGAAUGGGAGGAAGUGGGAACAGGGAGGUGGGAGGUGGAUUUUGUUUAUUUUUUUAGCUCAUUUCCAGGGGGUGGGAGUUUUUUUUAAUAUGUGUCAUGAAUAAAGUUGUUUUUGAAAAUAAAAAUUGUUUGGCCUUUUGGGUGUAA